AUGCCCACAAUCACUGUACCAAUAACUGACUCCAGCUUCUUCGCUCCAGGCUUCACGCCUUCAUCAAACACCAACAACUCACCGUUCAUUCCCACUUUACCCUUUGAAUUGGUGAAAAAUUGGAAUUCUGGGGCGCUCGCCUUCAGUCAAGCAAACAGCAGCAUUUUCGUUCAGUCACAUACAGCAGACUUUAUCAAUUGCACGACAUCCGCUUCCGCUUCUGCAUCGGCAUCGACACAACCGAAGAAAGUUGAAGCGAGUAGUGGAAGAUGGGAACAAAGCUCAUUGAUUGAGCCACUUCAAAUUCAUUUACCUGCUACAAACUACACAACAACAGCUACAAUCAAGACGGAGAAGAAUCAUUCGGGUAGUUCCACAUCAUCAUCUUCAUCAACAUCGUCAAGAAAUCCUUCGAGUACAAGCAGAAAGGCGUCGAAAGCUGCGAAAGGAAACAAUAAAAAUAUUAACGAUUGCAUAUUAAAUUUGCAUCAACAGCAUCAAAGUAAAACUGAGACAAAAGUGGAGCCUAGUGGUACCGGUUGCAGUCGUACGCUUCCACUCACAUGGAACCAAGCGCUACAACAGUUACAAAGCAAUGUAAAUACUUCAUGUGCCAGCAGCUAUGCUAAUUGCCCGUCAGCUGACACCACAACUCACACAACCGCAACGCUUCUUCAAAUAAAGCGCGAACCAUGUCAAGUGUCUGAGGUUACAACGUCCAACAACCUCAUCGCUACAACCUCAUUUUCCGGCACACCGGCUAUAAUUAAAAUCGAACAAAAGUCACCAACAACAACGUCGUCAUCAUCACUCGCUUCCAUUACAUCGAGCAUGGAUUCAGCAUCAAAUAAUACGAGCAGCGGACAACAAAACAACUCAGGUGCAGCGAUCCCAAUCGGCAUUGCCGUCGGUCGACAACGUUUACAAGAAACAACAGCAAACCAAAACCUUCCACAACUACAACCGAAGGAUUUAAAUCGCUUCGGCUUGGGUCUAACAGAUUUGGGAUGUGGAGCGCCAAAUUUGAGCCAAAACAUGUUUUUCACAGGCACCACGACAAUACCACUCACCGAUGUCAUGCAUCAGAGUCAUCAAAGUGUUGCAAUGACACAAAAUCGUACACCACCCACACUGUUUCAAUAUCCAACAAUGCCAAUGGAAAUUCCCACUUUGCCACCUCCAGUUGGCUUUCAGUUAGUUCGUGAUCCAUCAACAGGGCAAUUUUUAUUUUUGCCAGCAGCGACAACAAUAGAACCGAUUCCACAAGCGCUGGUUUGGCCGACAUAUCAGCAAAUGACAGGACAAAGUGGCCUGCAGCCGCCCAACCUUCUAUUGCCACCACUUCAACAAAGUCUUCAGCCACCACCACUUGCAUUACUGGGAUCGGAUUAUUUAACAGCAAGCACGACAUUGCAUCAGUCCCAUUUACAACACACGUCAACACAUAGCACACGUUUAGUGGCCUUGACAUCAGAUACAAAACGUACAAAAUGCACUCAACAAGCAUCAUCCGUCCCCAUGCCAAUUCCUGCUCAUACUCUGAUAAAGAUUGAAGAUGCUCAUCAGAAUCAUCAUCAUCAUCAUCAACCUGUUUCAAUGUAUGAUCAUGAAAAGUCAAUACAAGCAGCAUCAAUAGCAACAACUGUACAAACACCAAGUGAUUUAAGUGGACAACUCUUUUAUCAACAUCCAGGAUUGAUUCAAAUUGCACCACAACCUCCGAUUGCACAUCAAGCUUCAUCAGUUCCCAAUCUUAUGGAAACUGCUGACUGUCAUCGACAUCAAAUGUCACCGCCUCCAUUACAGUUAACAACCACAUCACAUUCCACAAAUUCAAAUGACAAUACCUGCGCCCAGAUGAGCUUUAAUGUUGUGCCAUCGUCAUGUCCUCCAGAAGUUCAAGAUGCAAAUAUUCAAACAUCACCGAUUAUGAGUGAAGAUGACAACACAAGUGGACAUGAUGACAUUCCUGAAUCAAACACAACUGAAUUCGAGGAAGAAAGUCAAGACAAUCAUCGACAAUCACCGGUGGGUGUUGUUGAAAAAACAAUCAUAAACGAACCUGAAUUGACAAGAGAAGAAAUUGCUGAACAUCGUGAGAGUGUUCCAGACACAAGUGUCACCUCAUCAUCGCUUGUUGUUGUGAAAAAGCAAAUUGAAUCACCUGACACUUCAAUAAAUAACACAAAAGACGAUGAAACUCCUUCUGAAUCGAAUUUAAAUCGUUCAGAUGAACAACAUGAACCAGUUGAUUUGAGUGGACUUCAACUUCUCUCAAACAGCAUUGAUGUCUUCCAAAAGAAAAUCAUCAAACAAGAGCCACAAGAACAAAUGCAAAUAACAAGUCCAACAAUUGCUUCAACAACAGCCACACCACCAAUUCAAGAAUCGAUUGAUGAGAAAGUUGCCGUUGACAAUAUGAAACCGACAAUUCCCAAAGUCAUGCCAGAAGAUCUCGGAGGUUUAGAUUUACUUUGUGCACUUGCUGAACAGCGGUUGGAACAAGACUUCCAAAAUCAAGAUCCAUCAACGUCACAAGAAGAUUCUGAACUUCAAGUGAAAAAGCGCAAACAUAAAGUAAAGUCAAGUAAGAAAUCAAAGCACAAGGACGAAAAGAAAGCAAAGAAGCGAAAACAUUCGACAUCAGAAGAGCGUGAAGAUGAAUUGAAGGGUGAAAUGGCAGCGUCACUGAAGCGUGUCAAAACGAAAUUUGAUAAUUUGCCGCUCACAUCUGUCGAUGAUGUUUGUCGGUUGAUGGAAAAUGACAUGAAAGAAAAGCUGGCGAACAUUACAAGACAAUUGGAAGAGAAACGUCGGGAAUUGAAGCAGAUUAAAACACCUGAUGGCAAUGAGAAAGAAUGUUCGUCGUCUUCGUCUUCGUGUGAAAAUAAACCAACAAAAGUUUCGUAUCUUGGCAAUUCAGCGCCAUUGAAGUUCAGCAUCAUCCCAGCUUUAUCGCCUUCGUUCUCAUCAUCAUCCAACUCUGAGAGUGUUGUUGAGAUCCCGAAAUUGUCAAGUGACACUGAUUCAGGCAGUAAAGAUGAAGGUGAAGGAAGCACGAAUGAACGUUCGAAACGCAAGUUCAGCAUUCCUAACAAGAACAAUGGCGACAAGCAACAAACUGAAACAAUUGUGGCUAAGAAAUCAAAAUCAUUCGUCGGUUACAUUCUCGCAUCAAAACACAAACUUCCACCAACGACAUCACCAACUAUGGGCUCGUGGACAAGUAGCAUAAGUAAAAAUGGAAAAGCUUCACUUCCAUUUGUUAAGCAAGAAGAUCAAGACGGUCGUGGAAUUAUCAAAGAAUCAGCAUUCAAAGAUGAUCGAGUUUUCUCAAUCUUUGGUGAUGGAAAUCAUCAAAAGUUUCAAGCAUCAUCACCAUUGACGCUUCCUAGUAGUUCACGAUCUCAACAGCCCUACAACAAACAUCAUUCCAAACAUAAGAAACAUAAAGAACGUCGUCGACACCGCGAGAAGCAGAAAAUGGACACUCGAUGCAUGAUAACUUCUGAUCAUUUAAAACAAGCAAAGACUCGUGUCUUGAUGGCACAAGGUGGACUCUUUUACGCUGGUUCAUUAACAACAGUCGAACAAAAUGAAAUCUUUGCAAUAACACUUGAUGGUGAGCGUGGUAAUCGUCCGCAUAUAAUGCCAAGAGAAGAGAUUCUUAAGCAAGCUGUGAGUUUAAUUAAAUUUUCAUUUUUUUACUUUAAAAUUAUGAAAAAUUUCUUUCAACAGAUUCUUGAAAUUCAACCAAAAUCAGCUACUGAAUGUCCACCAGGCACAAGAUUGUGUGCUUAUUGGAGUCAACAAUAUCGUUGCUUAUAUCCUGGCAUUGCAACAGCUCCAAGCUCCCCAGAUUCUGAUAUUGAUGACAAAUACAUCAAUGUUGAGUUUGAUGAUGGCGAUAAUGGAAGAAUUGUUUUAGAUCACAUUCGGUUCUUGCUAAGCGAUUAUCCGAUUGUUGGUAAGUAUCACACUUUUAAUUCCAAUAUAGAAUACGAUCCAAAUCCACUUCAAUCAUUAAAUAAACGGAAACGUGCUGCGAGUCAAGGCGCUCAAUCUGAUCACGAGAAAGCAUCAUCGACAGUUGUUAACAGCAACACAAUAAGCAACAAAGAAAGAAAACGUUUAAAGAAAAUGCGUAAAGAUAAACAAAGGCUACAAUCAUCUCCAGAUCAUGCUCAAGACUCAUUCGCUGCGACCACAAUGCUGGAGCGAAAGCAUAAAAAGAAGCACAAAUGUCAAGAUGAAUUGUGCAAACACCGGAAACAUAAGAAAAGGCGAAAGCAUAAGAAGCAUCAUCAUAGAGAACUUGACGAAGAAGACCGCGAUCUUCAACACCAUGUGCAAAGCGCAAUGUCAAUCAGCAAUGACAGCAACAAUAACGAAGAAGAGUUUGAUGAAGAUUCAUUGUCGUUGAACGAAAGUGUGACACAAUAUGAGAUUGUGAAAAAGGUUGAUGAAGAAAUAGUGAUUAAAGAUGAUCCCGAUACGAUGGAAUCGAGUGUAACUGAAAGUUCCGGAUCUGUUUAUCAACCGAAGAAGUCAGUGUCAACUGAGAAACUUAAUCGAAGUAAUGAGAGUGGAAGUAAAAUUGCAGCUUUUCUACCUGCGAGACAACUUUGGGCAUGGUCGGGUAAAGGUUUUAAGCGAUCCACUGGCAGAGUUAAGAAGCAAUUUUAUCGUUCUAUACAGAGGGGAAAGGAAACAAUUUCGGUCGGUGACAGCGCAGUAUUUUUAUCAACUGGCCGGCCAGAUCGUCCCUACAUUGGACAUAUUGAGUCGAUGUGGGAGACAGCAAAUGGUGCUAUGGUUGUCCGUGUUAAAUGGUUUUAUCAUCCUGAAGAGACACAAGGUUGUCCUAAUCUCAAGUAUCCGGGCGCUCUGUUUGAAUCACCCCAUGAAGAUGAAAACGAUGUUCAAACAAUUUCACAUAAAUGUGAAGUUCUUGAAUUGAAUGCUUACGUGGAGAAGUUUGGCAAUGAACCGAAGCAUUAUGAGUCGAUAUAUGAUAACAACGACACUUAUUAUUUAGCUGGACAUUAUGAUCCAACACUUUACCAUAUAAAGAUGCAACCUGAAAUUCCUGUAUUGGAUGAGAAUGAAAAAUGGGCAUGAUUGGAGUAAAGCGCAACAUUGUUCUGCAUGUGAUAAAAUUUUAUUUCUGAUAAAUCCACUGAAGAUGAUUACGAGAAAAAAAAAAUAUUAAAAAGUGUUGUGAAGUGGAAAGCGAUAGCGAAAUUCAUUUUUGAUCGAAUUUAAUGAUGUGAAUAAGAGAAUUUGUUUCUGAAACAAACGCUGACGAGAUGAAAAGUAUUUGAGGGACUUUAGAAUAGAUUUUAAUGGGAUUUUCAGUUUAAACUUUAUUUAAAUAUUUGUGUGUGGCACAGACAUUCGUACCGUAGAUUGGUGUGGGUGUUAAGUGCUCGAAAUGGUUCUGUUUUGAAUUUUUCGUAUACGAAGAUAUAAAAAUUUCCGCGUUUAAUUGAAGGGCAAAAAACAAAAUAAUGUGUCAAAAGUAAAUCGAAAAUUUACAAUUCAAAGUAGGUGAAAGAAAAAAAUGUUGCAAGACUUACAGGGGUUAAUUUGAUUAUUAAGUAACGUCCUAAGAUUUUCAUCAUAUCAUGAUACGAAAAAUAAUUUUUGGGAUAUUAAUUUGCAAUUUAAGAAGCAGAAAACGUCGAAAUAUUCCAAAGAAAUUGAAUAUAUUUGUGACGUUACAUACAAACAAUUACUGAUUAUCAUCAAAAUUAUAUUUCCGAGAAAUAUCUACUUAAUUCAACAAUAAAGUUUGAAGAGAGAAAGACGAAGGAAGAAGAAAAAAAUCUUAAUUAAGAAUGAUAAGAGAUUAAAUUUCACUUUCUCUUCGUGCUUUCCCCUAGACAACUACCUAAAUAAAUACAACAACAGCAACAAAAAUUCUUUGUACAAAUAAAUAACAAAAAAAGAAGAAAGUAACAAAACAUGAAAUCCUAGUUAGAUGGUUAGAUGAUGAAAAAUGAGACGAACAUAAAAUAUAUUUUUCUACAUAGGAGAUGAAAAUAUAAAUAGAAGAAAAGUUUAUAAGAAAACUCCAAUUAGACGAAAUCAAUUCAGGACAAUUGAUGACUCGUUGUAAAUAAGGAACAGAUUUUGUAUCUGUUCUCCGAAAAGAAAGAAGUAAAAACAACAGAAAACUUUUAUUUCUUUCACUUUAAUUAAUCUUCCUCUCCCUUGUUGAAUUGAAACUUGAAAACAAAGCCCUCAGUUAGAUGUUUUCCCGGUAGACUAUCACUGAAAAAAAGAAAUUUGUAGUAAGUUGGAAGGAUUCCUUCGUUUCCUUUUGUAAAUGAAUUUUUUUUAUAUCUUCAAUUGAUAGAAAAUCAAAAUGAUGUGAAAAAGGAAGAACUUUAAAUAUAUCAAAAAUGUAUUCGUAAAUAUUUUGUACUCGCUUAUAAAUUAUUUUUUAUUUGUAUCAUGUUAGUCGAAUAAGAUAGAUUAGUUGAAUAAGUUAAUUAAAUAAGGACAAAAAAUCUCUUUGUUUCAUUAUUUUAUAAUGAUUAUGAUGACCAAGGCUCUUCCAGUUCUUAUCAAUAAUAUUAAAACGUUUAGCAAAUAUUUUCAUUGCUUUCUUCUUUAGUUUUGUCACAUGUCAAUGAAGUUUAAUUAUCGCGACAUUUUGUUGCUUCUUCCUUACCUUGAUGCAAUAUCAUUUAUGAAAUAAUAAAUAUCUAUGAUUAUAAUUAUUAUAUUUUGCAAUAGAAUUUUGUGUAUCUAUGAAGAACGAUGGAAACAAAAAAAAAACAUUAAUUUAAGUUUAUGUGUGAAAGUUGCGAGUCAUCGCAAGAAUAUUGUAAAUAAAAAUGAAGCAAGAAGAAAUAUCAUUUAAUCCAAAAGC